CUGCUUUGACCCGGCAGACAUGGAAUUAUAUACCCUUUGGGCUCCCAAACCUUAAGAAAAGGCAAUGCCACCAAUCUUAUCACGGACACAUCAAUGUUCAUAAAUUCUUAAUAACGAGUAAGAUAUUGAUUUUAUAAACCGUCCCAAAUGUUAUUACCGCAGUGAACUUAUGAUGAGUUCUAUACUGCGGCCAUCUUCACUCACUGCCUCACAAUUCACAUGAAUGACUACGGUGUCGGGCUGCGCAGCGAAGUUUUUGAUGGACCCUCUUUCGUCCUCCAACAUAAAAACCGAGUUUGUUCGAUAGAUGGCAUUCAUCAUCAGCAUCAUCAGCAUCUUCAUGGCUCGCUCCAUCUUAACCACCAGCAAUUCUACACAAUGUCCUUCCGAUCCUUACCUAGACCCGCGCAACGACCCGUGUAAUGCCCUUGGCUAUAUCGCUAGCAUUCCGCCAACUGCCGUCGCCUUUAGUCUUGUGCUGCUGAUCGCUUUCAUCCAAACUUACCGAAUUAUCUAUAAGGGUGCGAGGUGGAUGUGGCCCAUGGUCCUUGGGGAAUACAUUUAUGCCAUAGGCUUUGGGUUUCGCUUCGCUUUGCAUUAUAAUCCUGAGUCACUGGCGAUUUACAUCGUCGAAUACUUGAUGAUCGUUUUAUCUCCCUGUUUCUUCAUUGCCGCAAAUUACGUUCUUCUUGGUCGCCUUGCCAGGGACAUCGGCUGCACCUGUCAGGUCUUGCUUCCAGUGAGAUGGCUCACCCUCAUUUUCCUCUUGUCCGACGUGACUACCUUUGUCAUACAGGCGGCAGGAGCCUCGAUGACUACGUCCACCGUUUAUAAUUCUGCUUUGAUAGGACUUCAUGUCUUUUUGGCUGGCCUCGUUGUGCAACUGGCCUCAUUCCUUUUCUUUUGUGUCAUUUACGCACGAUUCCUCUACAAGGUUCACGCUGAAGUGCAGGCUAUUUGGAUGCAAGACUCAAAGCAACACUGGAAUAACGACUGGCGAACACUCGCCGCUGCCAUGACGAUCAGUUGUAUCGGCAUUCUGAUUCGUUCAUGCUACCGCGUUGCGGAGGCCGCUCAGGGCUUUCACGGCAGUCUCGAAUCAAGCGAGAUAGCCUUCUACCUAGGCGAUACACUUCCCCUUCUUGUAGCCAUCGGGAUCUAUGUUCUAUUCUGGCCCGGAAGGUUCAUUACAGCCAAGCUAGCGCCCUCCGCCAACGAAUCGCAGAGUGGUCAGGAGUCGGCAUUUUCUCUCAGUGAUUUAGGUUACAAUCAUGAAGUACGCACAGGGGUGCUUAGUGACUACUGACUACACACUGCUUUUAUUUAUUAUUCAGUCUACUUAUUAUAUCAGGAUAUUCAUAGCACACAAAUAGGU